AUGUUCUAUAGUCACGAAGUCCUCACAUCGCGCAAGUAUGGAGUUGCUACCGUUUGGCUGAUGGCCACUCUCGGAUCCAAGUCCUCGCUGAAGAAGGUCAAUCGGAAAGCAAUUCUUAGCGUAGAUGUUGCCAAAGCAUGUCAUACCAUCUCUGCUCCCGAAGCGCCGAUGGCUCUACGACUCCAGAGCAACCUCCUAUACGGUGUCUCGCGCGUCUUCCUUCAGCAAUGUGGCUACGUCCUUACGGAUGCACAAAAUGCGCAGAAUGCGAUGAAGGCAAUGUUCAAGAUUGUAAAAGAUUCAGAGUUGGACCCGGAGGCUGGACGGGUUAGACCAGAUCAGCUCGUGCUGGAGGAUGAUCCGACUUUUCUGCCAGAGUUCCUUCUCCCUCCUCCAGACCUCAGCCUAUCCGGCGUCAAUCUCGGAGGCCCUGCUGGCGAAGCUCAAGGAAGCUUACUAUUCACUCCCUACGGCUCUCAAGAUCUCAGCGGCAGCCAAGGCAUUGGAGGACCAGUUGGAGGGCUCGUGAUCCCCAGCUCCCGAUCAGCUUCGGGAGGAUUUGAUGAUGGCGAAUACUUUAUUCAAGGAGACGAUGGGAGAGGCACCAGCCAACAACUUGAUCAGCUAGAUGAACCACUUGUCGAAGCCGACUUUGCUUUCGAUGCAGACGGAAACAUCAUCGACUUGACUCCUACCAACCCGAUUGGUGAGAAACAUACCGGCACCACCAGGCCUGCCAUAGGAAGCGAUACCGGAGCAAGCGCCAGGGUUCGACAAGAGCAUCAAGAAGGUCAGAGAAUCGGCAACGAAUUCGGCGGCGAAGCAAUGGAUCUCGAUAUGCCAAUGCUCGGCGACGAUUUCAACAUAAUUCCAGAAGGUGAGGCCUUUCCCUUAGGUGCCGGCAAUGGGAUGUCUUCCUCGCAGGCCGGAGACCCGGGAUCUUCUUCUACUGCAGCAGCAUCAAUGCGCCGCACCAAGAUCCGCGGUCCUCGUAUCAUCCCGCUUGACGAGAUGAUGGAGCUACACAACACCGACCUCAUGGCCUGGAACAAGCAAUACCUGCAAAACAUGUCAGACGCCACGCGCCACAAGCUGAACCUGAAGGCUGCUGCACAAGGAAAGAAGAAUGCCGAGUUCUGGAUCUGGGGAUCCGGCAUUGGAAACAUAGGACAGCGGCUUGGUGGCGCCCCGUCUCCUCUCGACAUGUUCCACGGCGAUUCUCUCUUCGAAGCUGUCACGGGCAUGACUAGAGAAUCGAUGGCCGGACUGAAGCGCGACCGAGACAGCGGCAUUGACGAAGAAACCGAGAGCCAAGCACGUCGUGUGCGGCCCCGCUCAGAUGACGACGAGCUCAACCGCGGAGAUAUGGACGAAGGUAUAAUGUUCAUGGGCGAUGACACUGAUAUCCCCCGAGACGACGUCGAAAUGCCUCGAGAUGCCCCGUCUGCGCUGGACGAAGCACAGCUCCUCUCAGCAAUGCCAUGGAACAUCACCGCUUCCAUCCGUGGAUCUUCCGCAAUGCGAGGAUCUUCGCUUGCGCGCGCUCGGCUACUCCAAUCUGGAGUCCCAACUUCAAUCGGCGGACCCGGCUCUAUCGGCAUGCUGAGAGGCAGCCGCAUGGUCAGCGCCUCCCCACUUCACGGCCGCGGCCAGCCAGGUGGCUUAGACGCCCUCCGCUCCUUCGAAGGCGAAGACGAGUACGGCUUCUUCGGCGGCGACGACUUCGGCGAUGCCAGCUCCCCUGGAGGAAAAGGACUCACUUCCCCUGGCGGCCCUGCGGGUGUGAAGUCCCAGGUCAACCAGAAAGUCCUCGAUGCACUCGAUGCCGAAGGCGUCAACUUCCUUGCCUUUGUUGAGGACAGGAUUCAGGAGAAACGUACGCGUUUGCAGGAGCAUCUAGCAGACGAGGAACUCCAGUCGGAUGCAGCGGCUGAUAUGGACGAGGUUACGUUUGAAGAGUUGCUGCCACCGAAAGAGAACUGGCGCGUUACGGCUGCGAAGGCAUUGAUGCAUACGCUUGCACUUGCGACGAAGGGGUUGUUGGAAGUGAGGCAAGAGGAGGCCUUUGGGGAGAUUGGGCUUCGGGUGGUGCAGUUCGACGCCCAGGACGCUGCUGAUGAUGAUGAAGAUGAGGGAGAUGCUGAUGAGGAGGCAUUAGAAUUAGUCGAAUAA